AUGGCGUGUGCUACACUAAAAAGAAAUUUAGACUGGGAGUCCAUGGCACAAAUGCCUGCUAAAAGACGAAGAUGUGCUCCAUUCACUGCAAGCUCAAGUACAAGUCCAGGUUUAAAAGUGUCUGAAACCAAAAGUUGUGUAUUUGGAGAGACCGUUACUGCACCUGCAAAAUUGACCCCAGAGCGCAUGGCCCAAGAGAUAUGCGAUGAGAUCACACGGCUUCACCGUCGUCGUCAACUGCGGCUUGCGUCCGGUGCGGCCGCGUCGUGCUCGUCGUCCAGCGGCAGCGAGGGUGACACCUCGCCACCACAGCGCUCGCACUCCAGGAAGAAGGUGCAGCAUCGGGCUCUGUUCACUUUUAAACAGGUGCGCAUAAUCUGCGAGCGCCUGCUCCGCGACCAGGAGACCGCGCUGCGCGCGGAGUACGAGGUGGCGCUCAACAACAAGCUCGCCGAGCAGUACGAGGCCUUCGUGCGCUUCAACAUAGACCAGGUGCAACGCCGGCCGCCACCGACCACCUGCAUGCCGCUGGGCAUGGAUGCAGAGCACCACAUGCACCAGGAUCUCGUGCCCAGCUAUCUGUCC